AUGUCACGAAGCAUUAGUGAAGAAUGCAACAACUUGAAAAAAGAAUAUGACGCUUGCUUUAAUAAGUGGUACUCUGAGAAGUUUUUAAAGGGAGAUUGCAACCCCGAAUGUGAUGAGAUAUUUGCGGCUUACAGAGAAUGUGUCCUGAGCGCAGUCAAGUCAAAACAGAUAGAUAAGCUUCUGGCUGAUGCACGGAAAGAAGAUCCUUUCGCGAAAGUUGCAAGUUCUGAUGAGAAAAAGUGA